CCCCCCGAGAAAACCUGAUGGAGUUUUUUGUCGUUUUGGGGGAGAGAGAAAAAAAAACAACGAUAAAAUAAUGCAGCAGCGGAAAAGGAUGCGAGUCUCACGAGUCUCCUUUCAGGAGUAACGGCGAAUGGAUGCUGGGCAGAGAGCCUCACCCCCCUCACCAACUGCAAUGGAGGCACGCCAAGCCAUGCCAAUGACCUUUAUUGCACCAUGAAUGCAAGCUCUGCCGCUCUAAGAGGACACAAGUAACCUUUUCUUGUUAUCUAAGAAGGAGCUGUUGAUCUGAAGAGAGAGAAGAGGGGGGAGGCGGGGCAAGAGGUGGAGAUAGGAGAAGAAGACGAGUCCAGUAAAACAGACAAAAACAACAAUCAAACAAUCAAAACACGCAGGGACAGGAUGCCAAAGAGGUCUGAGGAGAUGCUCGUGGAUCUGUUGAUGUCCUUGUUGCUGGUGUGGAUUACUUGCAUUCCCUCCAUUUCCAUGACCCCUAUUGGGGGACAGUCCAGAACAGCACAAACCGGAGGGUCGGCGGCGGCAAGCGGUCUUGGCGAAGGACAAAGAUUACUGAACCGCGCCAAGAGAGGAUGGGUUUGGAAUCAAAUGUUUGUGCUGGAGGAAUUCUCUGGACGGGAUCCAAUCCUGGUUGGCAGGCUACACACAGACUUGGAUGUGGGCAACAAGAACAUCAAAUAUGUUCUGGCAGGCGAGGGGGCCGGCACCAUCUUCGCCAUAAAUGAGUUAACAGGUGACAUUCAUGCCAUGAAGAGGCUGGACCGUGAGGAGAAAGCAGAGUACACGCUAACAGCCCAGGUCAUUAACGCUGACACAGACGAGCCUCUGGAGCCGCCGUCUGAGUUCAUCAUCAAAGUCCAGGACAUAAACGACAACCCACCGCAGUUCAUUGAAGGCCCAUACCGUGCGUCAGUUCCAGAAAUGUCUGCUGUUGGUACCCCGGUUACCAGGGUAACAGCCACAGAUGCCGAUGAUCCGGUGUACGGGAACAGCGCUAAGCUCGUCUACAGCAUCCUGGAUGGACAGCCCUACUUUUCAGUGGAUCCAAAUUCUGCUACCAUAAAAAUUGCUCUCCAUGGGAUGGAUCGGGAGAUGAGAGAGGAGUACCAGGUGGUCAUUCAGGCUAAAGAUAUGGGAGGUCAUAUGGGCGGCUUGUCAGGAACGACCACAGUGACUGUCACUCUCACGGACAUUAAUGACAAUCCACCCAAGUUCAACAAAAGUUUGUAUGAGUUUGGGAUCCCUGAAGACUUGCCGAUAGGGAAAACAGGUGGUAAGGUGAAGGCGGACGAUCGAGACAUUGGGGAGAACGCAAGGUCGACUUACAGCAUCAUUGAGGGAGAUGACUUGGGCGCAUUCGAGAUCGUCACAGAUGCACAGACACAAGAGGGCAUUCUCAGGCUAAGAAAACCCUUAGAUUAUGAGAGCAAGAAAGCGUUCACAUUGAGGGUUGAGGCGACCAACGUUCGCUCGGAGCCCAGCAGCGGUGUGCCCUUCAAGGAUACAGCCACAGUCAAGAUAGUGGUGGAAGAUGCUGACGAACCUCCGGUUUUCUCCAAACCCAUGUAUCUACUGGAGGUGAAAGAGAAUGCUCCCAUCAACACGGUGAUAGGGGCGGUCACCGCCAGGGAUCCAGACUCCUACGGGAGCGUCGUCAGGUACUUCAUUGAUCGGCACACAGAUCUGGAGAGGCAGUUCAACAUCAACGUGGACGAUGGGAAGAUCACGCUGGCCAAACCACUGGACCGGGAGACAGACAUGUGGCACAACAUCACAGUAACCGCAACAGAAGUCAGAAACCACAGUCAGAUAUCAAGAGCAAUUGUGGCCAUCAGAGUAAUGGACAUUAACGACAAUGCCCCUGAGUUUGCCACCGAAUACGAGGCCUUUCUGUGCGAAAAUGGAAAACCUGGACAGGUGAUUCAGACUGUCAGCGCUGUAGACAAAGACGACCCAAUCCAGGGCCACUACUUUGACUAUCGUCUGGUGCCGGAGAUGCUCAACAACCCUAAUUUCACCAUUAAAAACAACCAAGACAAUUCAAUCAGUGUUCUCGCCAAGCAUGAUACCUUUCGGCGACAGAAGCAAGAGAUGUACUUCCUGCCAAUCAUUGUGACAGACAACGGUAACCCACCCAUGAGCAGUACCAACACCUUAACCAUCCGGGUCUGUGGGUGCAGCAGAGAUGGAAUUGUCCAGUCCUGUAACGUGGAAGCCUAUGUCCUUCCCAUCGGUCUUAGCAUGGGGGCUCUCAUCGCCAUCUUGGCUUGCAUCAUACUUUUGUUAGUAAUAGUAGUACUGUUUGUGACCCUGAGGAGACACAAGAAUGAGCCCCUAAUUAUCAAGGACGAUGAAGAUGUGAGAGAGAACAUUAUCCGAUACGACGAUGAGGGAGGUGGUGAGGAGGACACCGAGGCGUUUGACAUCGCCACACUGCAGAACCCAGACGGCAUCAACGGCUAUCUGCCGCGCAAGGACAUCAAGCCAGACCUCCAGUUUAUGCCCCGAGCAGGGCAGCACUCUGGUCCGAACGGUGUGGACGUGGACGAGUUCAUCAACGUGCGGCUUCACGAGGCGGAUAACGAUCCAACAGCUCCACCUUACGACUCCAUCCAGAUCUAUGGGUAUGAGGGCAGGGGAUCCAUCGCUGGAUCCCUCAGUUCACUGGAGACGGCAUCAUCAGACUCAGACCAGAACUAUGACUAUCUGAGAGAAUGGGGCCCACGGUUCAGGAGACUUGGGGAGCUCUACUCUGUGGGUGAAAGUGACCGUGAGACCUGACCUUGGGUUUGUUAGAGAAAAAAAAGACCUUUCAAUUUCUUUUUUUCUUUCAACAUAUUUGUGUAUUAAACACUAGGAUUUGCUGGCUCAUUGAAACAUGUGAAAAAAAAAAAAACAUUAAUAA